CUGAUAGACACUCACAAUAGAAUGAAUUAUUGAUGAACAGAAAAUUCAUCUUUAAAUAACAUCUGGUAAUUUUCAUUUAGUGACCGAAAGUGUUUAGCAAUAUGUAGUUUAAUUAAACAUGCUUCAGUGUUAUGUGUCUCAUUAAUAGAAAAAGUGUCUAGAAUAAAUUUGAUUGCAUGAUCAAAUAAUACAAUUUUGAGGUUAGAAUCAGUGCGCGGUGUACGAAGAACUUCACGUGUAUAAACAGUUUUUUGUUUUAUAUAAAAAAAAAUUAUAAUAAUUGCGGAUAAUUAAAAAUGCCACUGCGACCACAACCAACGCAAGAAAGACGCGAAAAUGUUGAAUCUACAAUAAGAUCGAUUUUAAUUUCUCAUCAAAAUCACAUAACAAUACAACAAUUACGUGGUGAUUAUCUUGAAUACGAGGGAGAAGAAAUUCCAUUUCGUGAAUUUAACCAUGACAGUUUAUUUUCAUUUUUGGACUCAUUAAAGCAUGUUCUUACAUUUAUCACUAAAUUUAAUAAGACUUACAUAAAAGUUAUAGACACAGAAAAAUCACGACACGUGAGAGAAUUCGUUGAGGGGCAAAAAUCAAAACGAAAGCCUUUAAAUAAGUUCAAAAAAUCGAUCAAAUCUUAUCGUGGUGGCUAUUAUCAGGGUUCAAGGAAUUCGGGAUCAUUGUACUCUUCUCCUGCCUCGAGAUUAAACAAUUCAUAUUCUUCCACUUCGAGAUUUAACUCUCCAUCUUCUUCUACCUCGAGAUUUGAUAAUUUCUCGUCUGCAAGUUCAAAGACAAAUGUUGAAAAUCAACGUAGCAGUCGAUUAUCAGAAAUGUCUUCUGAAAUAAAUAAUAGUCAAUCGACUUCAAAUGAACCUUGUCAUCAAUAUUUCACUGGUGAAGAUGAUUAUGAAAAUUGCGACUAUUCCGAUAUUGAUGAAUUUGAUUAUGUUAAUAAUGAAAAUGGAAAAUCAACACCGUCUGAAGUUGAGAAAAAAGAGAAUGGCCGCCCGAUUAUUAGAUUCGUUCAUAAUACACUAUCGUCAUGUGAGAGAUUUAAUAAAUCAUUGAAAGACACCGGAUUACCGGCCGAUGUAUUCAAAGAAAGUGUCACAUAUUCAAGGGAACAUGGAGAAGAUUAUUCUUUAAAGAACGCAAAUUUAAGUCAUCGAAAUAGUUCGCCCAAAGAUAUUCUUCAAAAUGGACGAAAUAGUGAGAAAUCUCCAAAGAAACAUGAAGAAAUAGAGACUGAACAAAAUUACGAAUAUUCUUCACAUAAUGGAAUUAAUAACAACAACAAAAAUGAAAAUUAUGCGAGUGAUGAUGGUGAGAAUUAUUGCAGUGAGAAUACACUCGAUAUAAAUCCUCGAUUAAAGGAGAGACUUAAAAUUAUAAUACAAAAUCAUCCGGAAGGAAUUUGGUGCGCUGAUCUUCCAGAUAUUUAUCGAAAAGAAAGUGGUCUUAGCUUAGAAUACAAUGAAAUGGGAUUCCAGAGUGUUGUCGCUUUUGCAUCACAGCUUCCUGACAUUUUUCAUUGUGUAUGUCCAAAUCAAAGGGGCGAUUAUAAAUUGUUUAAUGCUAAACUACCAGUACCUGAUUUGAAGAAUCCGGAAACUCGUUGUCGUUAUUCGUCUGCGGAACAAUAUCGUAUUUAUGACGAUACACCAGAACCCAUACCGAGCCGACUGAAUCCAAGUGUGCUUGCCAGUUUAUAUCCAGAUGGAGUUAUGUUACUUCACGAAAGAGUAGGACAGAUUCUCGUUGAUGAAUUAUGUAUUGGAAAACACUACGAAGAAGUAGUACUAAGCGAAGUAUUCAAUCCCUCCUUCUUCUGGAUACAAUUACGUAAAAGAUUACCGAAAUUCAAAAAAUUCAUGGAUAGUUUACACGAAUUUUACAUGGAGGAAUACAAACAGUAUCAAGUUCCAGCAAUAACGUUAGAUAAAGGAUUGAAUGUGGCUUGUGUCUACGCGAAAAAGUGGCAUCGAGGAAUUAUCAAAGAAGUUUUACCUGAUGGAGAUUCAUUGGUACACUUUUACGAUUAUGGAACAAUCAAAUGCUACAAACCACAGUACUUGUAUUAUCUUCAUAGGCGUUUUUCGCAUUUACCAGCUCAGGCGAUUCCUUGUGGAUUAUUCAAUGUUCGGCCAAUAAAUUCCAACAAAUGGGACAAAAACAUCACUUGGAAAUUCAUCGAAAACACCAGCUGUCCUUUAAUAGCGCAAAUCUUCAAAACAAACGAAGUGGAAAACUCGGCACUCAUUACACUUACAAACACGCUAAGGGAUGAAGAUUUUCACAUAAACGAUUGGAUGGUAGACAACAAGUUGGCGACUUCAGGAGAAGUGAUCCGAUUCUCCACUUCCUAUGAAUCGCAACUUUAUGACUUUCUUUUGAAAGACAUUUAUCCCAAGAGGACGGAAUUAAUCCUUCUAAUUUCCCAAAAUAUUGAUCUGAAAAAUUUGUGCGACUACGAGGAGACUAAAUUACCAAAAAAAUGUGAUUUCGAUGAAGAGGAUUCAACGUCAUGUGAUACAUCAACUCAGGAAUCAAACGUUAAUCCACGUCCGCCUCCUGGUUUUCAGCCAAUGGACACAAAUUCGAGUGCUUCCGUAAAUAAUAAGAGCAGUAAAAAUAACACUGAGAAUGAUAAUUGUUAUCAAGAAUUUUUGAAUUUACACGCGAAAAUGCAAAAUCAAAUGGACGGUGAUACGUAUAAAGCUCUAUUGCGACAACUUACUGACGGUUUAAAAAUUACCGAUUCAACCAAUGAUGGAAAUUUAAAAGAUUCAACAAACUCGAAAUCACCUGAUCAAAAUGAUUUUGUUAAUUCCUCAAAACAAUGCGAUUUUCCAAAAAGUGUCGAAGAAUUAUUCAGUCAAGUUCCGAAAAUCAAUGAGAAUACAGAAAAUCAGAAGCGAUUUGAAAGAAAGAACGAAGAAUUUCCUAAUAUUGAAAAUGUCAAGAGUGAAGAGAAAAAUUUGGAGAAUCGUCAACAUCAAGAAAAUUCGAAUCAAAAUGAAAAUCAUUUUACACAACAAAGUCAAAGUUUAUCAAAAGAAAGUGAAGAGUUUUUGAAAAAUUUAGAUAGAGCAAUUCAACAAGUGAAAGGGAAAAAGAAUGAAAUGAAAGAAGACCGAAACACCGAAAUUAAAGAAACAAAUCCAUUUAAAAUCCUCGAACAAACUGAAUUUAAACCCAAAGUAUCGUCAACAAAUCCAUUUAUCAAUGAUUUCAAUUCCACAAAUUCGCCAAAGGAAAUCGUAUCGCCCCGUAAAUCGGCACGAAGAAAUUUGAAAAGUUUUCUCGACCUCUCACACGAUUCAUUGUCGAUUGUUAAUGAAUCAUUCGAAUCAAAUUCAAGUUGUCAUUCGAAUAUUUUCACAUUUGAAAACGAGAAACAGAAAAAUGUUGAGAAUUCUCAUUUUGUAAAUGAGGAAACAUUUACUCCCAGUAAUAUUUUCUCACCAGUUAUUGAUUCGUCUGCAAAUCAAGUGAAUAAUGGUGCGAAAAUAUUCUACGAAUCUGCUCCAAUAAUUUAUCAUCAAACUGAAAUGGAGAAUAAGACUGAUAAUUUAGAUCCGAAUUAUUGGAAGCCAAUCCCGUCAAUUAAAACUAGCGGGCCUAGUGAGCCGUCUGUGAAGAAAAAUGGCAUUAGUUUUAAGAUGAACAAAUUAACUCCAAUGGAUAGGAUAAAUAAUAUGAAAUCACCAGUUCAGAUGGCAGAGGAAAAUUAUCCAAAGACAACGAUCGAAGUGGCGACAACAAAUGAGAAUUUCAUGAAAUCAUCGAUUAAUAAAGAGCUUUUGGAAGCGGGAGCAGUUCCACUUCCCGUGACACCGAACGGUUCGCGUACACCAACUCCAACUGAAGUGGAGAAUAUGUUUACCCCGAUAAAAACGAAUUAUCAAAGUUCUUCGAUUUAUGGCAAUGAAAAUAUUUUUAUCAAUCAAAGCAAUGCACCUUCACUUGGACAGAGAAUUCAAGAAGAAAAUUCAGCCAGUAUUAUUCAUUUUUCUCCAAUCGACAAGAGUCGUAAUGAAGACAUUCCAGUAGUACAAAAUAAUGUUCGUCCAGAGAAAAAUAUUUCUCUAAACACCAAUCCGUUCGUUGGUGAUAAUAAAUUUUCGUAUUUGUCGAAGCCAAUCGAGGAGGAGAAAAAAUCGACAGCUAAUGCCGAAUUCAAUUCAUUUGAAAGACCUCCAGAUACAAGGAACAUUGAUAAUUCCAGGCAAACGGAAAUGAGAAAUUCUUCAGUUUCACCUUCUAAAGAUAAUUCUUUAGUUUGCUACAUUUAUCCGAUAACCACCAAGGAGAAGAGUCUUAUUGUCCUGAAUGUUGAUGACGAAGGCUGGUUAAUUUCGGAAGAAUUUGUCGAGGCUUUCAUGAAUAUACAAGGAACGAGUAUUAUGUUGAGGGCCUUAAACAUGAUAAAUGUACAGAUUCCUUUUAAAACAGUUGACAGAUAUUCGCAUCCUUCACUUUUAGAUCAACUUGACUUCACGCCGUUGAAUGUGAUUCGAAAUGUGGAAAAUAAAAUUAUUCGACCUAUUCAUUUGACGCCUUUGAAAUUCGCACCUAAAAUACUGUCAUGUCUCAACAUAAUCAAUCGCUCUGAAUGGCAUCAAAUGGUUCACGAAAAGAAAGUUUCAUCAAACACUAUCAUUAAUGAUAUAAUAAAAUUGAUUUCAUCGUACAAGACUUACAUGAGUAUGAAAAAGAGGCCAUGAAACUUAUCAUAGUUAAAAUUAGAGAAAAGAAUUUUGUACCUUUUCAUAAAUAAGGACGUAUAUUUUUUUUAUUUUAUUCAAGUUUAACCUGUUCAGUAUUUUUGAAAUAAUGAUGAUCAUAAAUGUGAAAAAGUUCUUAAUAUUUUUUUUUCUUUUUUUUUUAAAAAAGAAAACUUAUUUGAAAGAAAUGUAAAUAAGUUAUAAUAAUGACUUAUUCUUUAUAUUCAUUAGUGAAUAUUUAUUUAUGUGUAAAAAAGGAAAUUCUAUUAAUGUUGUUGCGAGAAUAUAAUUUUUAUUUAUCGCCAAAGAAAUAAACAAAAGCAAAACGCUUCGUGAAAAACAAAAGAUUACCAAAUGUGAUUUUGAUAAUAAGUUAUGAAUGUUUAUAUAUAUUUAUAAAAAAAAAAUAAAUUAAUCGUAGCGCAUCGAUUUCACAAUUUGUAUUAAGCAUUAUAAUAAAACGUUCUUUAUUGUAUUAUAUUUAAA